UAGGGAGGAGACCGUCGCAAGUAUUGUUCCCCUUGUGCGGACCGUUCCAUCGACACAUGCGGUGAACUGCACACCCAGCAACAAAGGUUCCGAAUGCGACAAAAGGGUGUCGUCUUCCCGUGGAGGAAGAUGGCGACCCAGCAGCGACGGCCACCAGCACCCGCGACGGCAAGACCAGUCAGUCCGGACAGCGAGGCAGUCGACGAGGAAAUCGUACUUGACACGAGAAGCUUCGAGCCCAUGAUUCCGGAUCUGUUCACCCAACUCCCGCCCGUCAGGGACUCCCUGGUUACGGGCACGUCCCAGGUCCAGGACGAAACGGUCGGCGUCUGCCUGCCGUUCCUGAGCGGAGAGGAUGCCGCGUUCGAGUACAACGAGCAUGGCGUGCCCCGUCUGGAUCGGGAGAGGCACGUCAGGUUCCUCCACAAAAGCCUCGGCAGACUGCCUGGCGCCUUCGUUGCCGCCGACGCCAGCAGGCCAUGGUUCCUGUACUGGUGUCUGGCGGCGCUCACCCUGCUGGGGGAGGAUGUGACGUCCUAUCGAGAAUCCGUGGCCGAGACCGCGCGCUCGAUGCAGAAUGACACCGGCGGCUUUGGCGGGGGCGGCCGGCAGCUUUCUCACUUGGCCACUACGUACGCGGUGGUCCUGUCACUUGCGCUGGUCGGGGGAGAGGAAGCAUACGAAGUUGUCGAUCGGAAGGCGAUGUGGCGAUGGCUCUGCAGUCUCAAACAGCCUGACGGCGGGUUCCAAGUUUGCCUCGGCGGCGAGGAAGACAUCAGGGGGGCAUACUGCGCCGCCAUUAUCAUCACCCUGCUUGGACUCCCGCUGGACCUGACGCCAGAGUCCCCAGCAUGGACUGGAGACAGCAGCGUGAACCUCCUCUCGGGAGUGGGGGACUACGUCCGGCGAUGCCAAACGUUUGAGGGCGGCAUCUCUGGCCAGCCCAACGCUGAAGCGCACGGGGCAUAUGCCUUCUGCGCGUUGGGUUGCCUCGCACUCUUGGACCACCCAGCCCGCAGCAUCCCGAGCUACCUUGACGUUCCACGGCUGAUCGCCUGGCUGUCGUCACGGCAGUAUGCACCCGAGGGAGGCUUCUCCGGCCGGACAAACAAGCUCGUCGACGGCUGCUACAGCUUCUGGGUAGGCGGUUGCUUCCCUCUGAUCGAGGCGUGUCUCAACAGCGGCGGUGCUGGUGGGGCGAGCGCGGCCCCAGACGGCCCAGCCGCCGCCGCCACCACGACCAGCAGCAGCACCAACAGCAGAGGCGGACUCCCACCCGCAGACGACACCCUAUUCAGCCGGGAAGGCCUGAUCCGGUAUAUCCUUUGCUGCUGCCAAGACCAAACCAAAAGGGGUGGGCUGCGCGAUAAACCUGGAAAAAACUCGGACGCCUACCACUCCUGCUACGUCCUCUCGGGCCUCAGCUCCGCCCAGCACCAGUGGGAGCUGGAUGAGCCCGACGCGCCGCCGCCGCCGCAGCAGCAGCAGCAGCAGCAGCAGCAGCCCGAUGAGGAGAACGAGACCGCAGCAUCCUCGGACGCAUCGCCACCCAAAGCGGCGGCAGCAGCGGCAGAUCUGGUGUGGGCCGUGCUGCCCUACCUCGAGGGCGUGCAGAUCUUUGACAACAAGGACCGCGUGCGCCCGAUCCACCCCGUCUACGCCAUCCCGCAGCAAAAUGUGUUGGCCAUGAAGGAGUACUUUCGGAAGAAGCAGGGAUUGUAGUUCGCUGAGACGGGCACAUGUGCUGAAGAUUAAGUGUCCGUCCUGCCUGCUGCUGCUCCUUGCCGCCUUUCAUUCCAUCACGUGUCUGGUCUCGGGAUACGUCACGUCUUCUAUGCCAUGACACGUCACUUGCUUGUUGGGAGGUUUGCGACGCUGGGUGGUGGAAGUUGGGGUGUCAU